AUGUUGUACAAAUAUUUGCAAAGACAUGAGUGGAUUCACAGUGGACAGAAGCCCUAUGAAUGUCUGCAGUGUGGUAAAGCUUUUUAUGUCCACAGUGCCCUUCGAUAUCAUGAAAAGACCCACAGUGGAGAGACGCCUUAUGGUUGUAGGCAUUGUGGGAAAGCCUUCACUCAUCCCAAUUCCCUUCAUCACCAUGAAAGGACUCACAUCGGAGAGAAACCCUAUGUAUGUAAGCAGUAUGGGAAAGCCUUCAGAACACAGAAUUCCCUUUAUCAUCAUGAAAGGACCCACACUGGAGAGAAGCCCUAUGGAUGUAAACAGUGUGGGAAAGCCUUCACGUUUUGCAGGUUCUUACAAAGACAUGAACGAAUUCACAGUGGGGAGAAAUCCUAUGUGUGUAAGCAUUGUGGGAAACUCUUUUCAUGUUUGAGCGAGGUUCAGAGGCAUGAACAUACACACACUGGAAUAAAGUCCUAUGUAUGUAGACAAUGUGGGAAAGCCUUCUCUAAAAACAGUUACCUGGAGUACCAUGAAAAGAUUCACACUGGAGAGAAGCCCUAUGGAUGUAAACAGUGUGGGAAAGCCUUCACUUUUUACAGUUCUCUUCAACGCCAUGAAAGAACUCACAAUGGAGAGCAACUAUAUGUGUGUAAGCCAUGUGGAAAAGCCUUCACUUUUUACAGUUCCCUUCAACAUCACAGAAGGAUUCACAGUGGAGAGAAGCCCUAUGUUUGUAGCCAGUGUGGUAAAGCCUUUACUCUCCACAGUUCCCUUCAGGACCAUGAGAGGUUCCAUAGUGGAGAGAAACCAUAUGUGUGCAGGCAAUGUGGCAAAGCCUUCACAUAUCACAGUUCCCUUUGGUACCACAAAAAGAUUCCCAGUGGAGAGAAACCUUACAGAUGUAAGCAGUGUGGGAAAGCCUUCUUGCAGUCCAGCUCCUUGCAGAGGCAUGAACAGAUUCACUCUGGAAUAAAUCCCUGUACUAAAGAGUGUGAAGCUGGGAGCUAG